AUGUCGUGGGCAAAUACUGGAAUGCAAGCAUUGAUACCAAUCGUUAAUAGAUUGCAGGAUACAUUUGCACAACUUGGAACAUCACUCAAUUUCGAUCUUCCACAAAUUGCGGUCGUCGGCGGUCAGAGUGCUGGAAAAUCAUCAGUUCUUGAGAAUUUCGUUGGAAGAGAUUUUCUUCCACGUGGAUCGGGUAUUGUAACAAGGCGCCCAUUAAUAUUGCAAUUAGUAUAUAGUAGUAGAGCUGAAUAUGGAGAAUUUCUGCACAAAAGAGGACAAAAAUUUACCGACUUUGAUCUUGUCCGAAAAGAAAUCGAAGACGAAACUGAUCGCCUAACGGGUGCAAAUAAGGGAAUUUCACCUAUACCGAUAAAUCUUCGAAUUUUUAGUCCGAACGUGUUGAAUCUUACUCUGAUUGAUUUACCUGGUCUUACCAAAGUGCCAGUUGGCGAUCAACCUGCCGAUAUAGAAGCCCAGAUUCGUGAGAUGAUACUCACUUACAUUUCUCGUGAAACUUGUUUAAUUCUUGCUGUCACUCCAGCUAAUAGCGACCUUGCUACUUCUGAUGCUUUGAAACUAGCCAAAGAGGUUGAUCCGCAAGGAUUACGUACUAUUGGUGUGCUCACAAAAUUGGAUCUCAUGGACGAGGGCACAGAUGCCCGUGAUAUUCUUGAAAAUCGAGUUUUUGCACUUAGAAGAGGUUAUAUCGGUGUUGUCAAUCGUGGUCAGAAAGAUAUCGUUGGUAAGAAGGAUAUAAGAGUUGCUCUGGAUGCGGAACGAAAAUUUUUUAUUUCUCAUCCAGCUUAUAGGCACAUGGCUGAUCGAUUAGGUACACCUUAUUUGCAAAAAGUAUUAAAUCAACAGCUCACAAAUCAUAUAAAAGAUACGCUACCAGCACUUCGUGAUUCUCUCCAGAAAAAAAUGUUUGCACUGGAGAAGGAUGUAUCUGAAUACAAGAAUUUUCAGCCAAAUGAUCCAUCAAGAAAAACUAAAGCAUUAAUGCAGAUGGUGCAACAAUUUACAAUGGACGUUGAAAGAUCUAUUGAAGGAUCUUCUGCAAAAACAGUUAGUACCAAUGAAUUAUCUGGUGGCGCUCGUAUAAAUCGGAUUUACCACGAAAGAUUUCCAUUUGAAAUUGUUAAAAUGGAAAUCGAUGAGAAAGAAAUGCGACGUGAGAUUCAAAUAGCGAUUAGAAAUAUUCAUGGUUUGCGUGUUGGCCUUUUCACACCAGAUAUGGCUUUUGAAGCGAUCGUUAAAAAACAAAUCGAACGUUUGAAAGAACCCUCGUUAAAAUGUGUUGAUUUAGUUGUCAACGAGCUUGCAGUUGUGAUUCGACAAUGCGCGGAAUGUACUGCUAGAUAUCCGAGGCUUCGUGAUGAAAUUGAACGUAUUGUUACAACAAAUAUGCGUGAAAAAGAGCAGGUAGCGAAGUAUCAAAUUUCGAUGCUAGUUGAUUAUGAACGAGCUUAUAUGGAUAUAAAUCAUGAGGAUUUUAUUGGAUUUUCCAAGCAAGUUGCAGAAGCGAAAGCAUCAUCAUCACAAGCUAAAAAAAAUCUAGGGAAUCAGGUUAUACGAAAGGGUUGGCUUUCAGUACACAAUAUAUCAUUUGUGAGAGGCUCUAAAGAUUGUUGGUUUGUAUUGACGUCUGAUAGUCUUUCAUGGUUCAAAGAUGAUGAGGAGAAAGAAAAAAAAUAUAUGCUACCACUAGAUGGCAUUAAGUUGCGUGAUUUAGAAGCAGGGUUUAUGUCGCGACAACACAAAUUCGCUCUUUUCUAUCCAGAUGGAAAGAAUAUUUAUAAGGAUUAUAAACAACUUGAAUUAAGUGCAACGAAUUUGGAUGAAGUGGAUGCAUGGAAAGCAUCAUUUCUUCGUGCUGGUGUUUAUCCUGAAAAAGAAAAACCUGUUGAAGAAUCCGAGAAUGGUCGCGAAUUCGAGGAAACGACAUCAGUUGAUCCACAACUUGAACGCCAAGUUGAAACGAUUCGUAAUUUAGUUGACUCUUAUAUGCGCAUUGUGACGAAGACAAUACGUAGUACUGUUCCCAAAGCAAUAACAUUUCUCAUUGUCAAUAAAGUUGGUGAAUUUUUGCGCGAUGGUGAUCUUCUUGCAAGUCUUUAUCAGUUGGGUGAUACGGAUUCAUUGAUGGAAGAAAGCCAACUUGAAGCCCAAAAACGAGAAGAAAUAAUACGUAUGUAUCAUACAUGCAAAGAAGCAUUGAGGAUCAUUGGAGAAGUGAAUAUGUCUACACCGAUAGAUGGUCCAUCUCCUGUCUAUAAUGAUUUCAUAAGGUCGGAAGGAGCAUCACCAGUGCCACGAUCAGCUCCUCAACCACCUGGAAUAAAUCAACGUAUGGCGCCUAUGCCACCUCGACCAAUGAAUGCCGCACAAAAUAUGCCACCGAUUGCCAAUCGACCAUUACCAGGUCCUCCAGGCGGUCUUCCUGCUCCAAUUUUACCAAUGUUAGUUGCUUUUAAUUGUUCUUUUUCUUAA